AUGAACGGGGAAACCGGACCCUCCCGGGCGGCUGGAGGGGAGCUCGGCCGCAAGCCCCGGCCCAUAAAGUGGUGGCCAAGCAGAGGGGCGGCCGGGCUGCUGGCAGCCGCUUCGGGCGGCGAGUCCCUCGUCGAGGGGGGGUACCCCUCGUCCCAGCCCCGCGUAACGGCCGGGCUCGCUCGGUUCUGGUUGCAGCUGGGGUUCGAGGAUGUGAUCGCGGAGCCCGAGCUCACCCACUCCUUCGACAAGGUGUGGAUCUGCAGCCACGCUCUCUUCGAGCUCAGCAAGUACGCCAUCUACAAGCUCCUGACGCUGGUCCUCGCCAUCCCGCUGGCCCUGGUGGUGGGGAUCGUCUUCGCCGUGCUCAGCUGCCUCCACAUCUGGAUCGUGCUGCCUUUCGUGAAAACCUGUCUCAUGGUCUUGCCUUCAGUGCAAACGGUAUGGAAGAGCCUGACAGAUGUUUUCAUCGAGCCCUUCUUCCACAGCCUAGGCCGAUGCUUCGCCAUGGUCAACAUACGCCUGGACCAAGAGUGAACGUCAGGGAGGCAACGCUGCUGUCACUGUAGCUGGUGUUACACCUCUUUGCUAACCUAACAUACAAGCACUUACCAUUCAUUCCAAACUGUUAAAUUACCAUGGCUGGUUUAAGUGGGAACAUGCUACUUUUCUCUAAAACUCAUUUAUUUUCAGGGAGAUCAGUUGAAGAAUAAAUAGGCAGUUUUCAUAGCUCACCAUGUUAACAACAGAGCAAACGCGGAGCACGUUGGCAACACUUUAUUUUAAUGGUAUGUCAAUUGCUAGAUUACAGGAGAAUUCUCAUGGAGGUUUAACAGCCACCACAGUGAUAAUGUUUUGGCAUUAUUGCAUUAAAUAUUUAAAUAGGCUGUGAGGCCUUAGGUGAAACAGAUCUCUAGGGUUUCCCACUGUCCUUACUGCAGUUCCACCAGGGAUCGUUUUUGGCCCUCACUGCGCAGAAUGAUCCACUCAGUCCUUUAUUAUCAGCAAUUAAAACGACCGUGACUCAUUACAUAAGCAUACAGGGAAAGAAACUUUUGUGUAACUCUCCUAUACUGGGGAGGAAAAGCUCCCUGGAAGUUUAUCCCUUAAAAUAAGGUGUUAGCUAAUGAUUUGGAACAUCAGCUAAUCUGUAUAUUUUAUUUAAUGAGAGGUUAACUUUGCUGUAUAUUUUGUACCUUUGUAAAUGGCACUUGAUCAGUUUUCUUUGAAGCAUUACUUCUAUAGUAUUUGAAUUCUAACCAAAGUACUAGGCAGCAAGAGUGAGACACUGCAAAAAAAUUCUUUUAGAUAACUACAGUUUCAGUUUCUAAAUUAUGUAGAUUUUUAAGUGUUGCUGUGCAAUUCUAGUAUAGUCAUUAUAUAUGGUUGCAUGUAAAUGCAAAGAUUAUGAGGAUUCUAAUACAAGACUAUGCAAAAGAGUUGGAAAUACCUGUUAUGAGAAAAGCUUUUUAUUAAAAAUGGGGUGUAGUAAAUGCAACCCUGCCUAUUUCUGUGUAUUAUCUGUGUGAACAUUGUGAUAUUUAAAAUGGUAGACACUAUGCUGGCACUUUAACUAGGUAGCAAGCUCUUAUAGAGGGCAAGUAAGUGGGAUUGCUAUCAUUGUCUAAUUCUGCUCACCUGUUGACUUGACUCUCCGUGUCGCUUAUUUACUGCUUCAAAGCCUAACCCAUAAAAAAGCCCUUCUUCUUUCCUUCUGCACCAAAUAUGGGUUUGUAAACCAGAAUAACAGAACGUAUGCAGAGGUGCAUUAAAAUUGCAUUAGUCUUCUGAUGGGCUUAUGCUGCUGUUUUCUUUAAAUACGGAUGAUGAGUUGCAAUUGUAAAAUGCUUGUAAGAUUUAAAAUGUUAUUUUCUAAAUGAUGUCACAGAUUUAUUAUCAAACAAGAGUAUAUAAUAAAAUAAUGAAAUGUCAGAUUUUAACUAUUUUUAACUUCAUCUUUACUUUUUUCAACUUUAAAAAAAGCUCUUAAAAUGCCAAACGGCAUAGAAUACUACGCAGUUCUUCCAGAAUAUGGGAGAGGGAAAGGAAAUGGAUAAGCAUCAAUGCAGUUCCACUAUUAUCAACUGCAUUUUACUUAUCUAUAGUACAAAAUAAUGUAUCUCUGUGUCUAAUCAAGCCCAUGCAGAAUGAUUGCUUUCUCUUAAGCAAGUCUGUUGGUGCUGAAUUUUGGCUGCAUUUAAAAAGUGCUUAAUUCUUCUUAUGGGCACAUGCAGAUGAGCUGCAGAAUUUUCCUUUUCUUGCUUAUUGGCCUACAGAAGCUAGCUGGCACUGUAUAUCUAUGUUAAAAAUGUUUUGACGAAUAUUUUUACCAUUUGUGCCAUUUAGAGAGGGAUUCUUAUGGCUUUUCAAAACUGGAUCUUAAUGAUUAGUGCCUAUGGAAACUUUUCUGGAGUUUUUUUUUGCUUCUGCAAGAUGUUAGCUUGCUGUUCAGAUGUGCUCUUUAAAACACCUUUCUUAUGUUAAAAAUGGAAAUAUCUCUUUGGAAAAUAAAAAUCAGUCAGGCUAGGCUUGAA